AUGGAUGGAAUUGAAGUAUGGGAGAAUAUAGGAAUAAUUAUUAUUAAAACUAUUCUUCAUUCUAAUGUUAAUGAUGAAUGGAAAUCUAUAAUUCAUGUAAUUGCAAUAAUUAUAAAAUUUAUUAUUUCCCAUUUAAAACCUGAUGGAGAAAAGCAUGGUACAAUGUCAAGAAAUAUCACUCACAUUUUAACAACAAUUUUCCAAACUAUUUUGCAAUAUCAAGAUAAUCCAAAUAAUUUUUUUAAUGAUAUGAAUAAUAUUAGUGCCAUUACUAUUUCUCUUUUACAAGAUAUAUAUAAUAUUUAUGGAACUUUGUACAUAGACCUUCCAAAAAAACAAUUAAAAAAAUAG